GAUGACCAUGAUUGCACAAGCAGGGCCAGAAGCUGCCUCCAGGCUCAUCAGCUUCGUGAACGCGUCUCCGACACCCUUCCACGCUGUGCGCACGGCCGUUACGAGGCUUGAGCAGGCUGGAUUUCGCAAGCUCAGGGAGGUGGAUGGGUGGGACGAUGACUUGAAACCUGGAGGAAAGUAUUACUUCACGAGAAACCAGAGUGCGCUGCUAGCCUUCACACUUCCUCAAAAGUGGGAGCCGGGAGUCGGGGUAUCCAUCAUCGCCACUCAUGUCGACAGCCCCAACCUGAGAGUGCGCCCUGUAUCUAAGAAGGCCAAGCUAGGUUAUCUUCAAGUCGGUGUCGAGACCUACGGCGGCGGCAUUUGGCACUCUUGGUUCGAUCGCGAUCUCUCCCUUGCUGGUCGCAUCGUCAUCACGGAUAAAAAGGGAGGCUUCACCUCGAAGCUUGUGAAGAUCGACCGACCUUUACUGCGUAUACCCACCCUCGCCAUUCAUCUGGACAGAUCUGUCAACGACGGUUUCAAAUUUAACAAAGAGACCGAGCUUGUUCCCAUCGCUGGCCUUGUGGAGGAGCAGUUGAAUACGGAGAAGGAGAAAUCGGCCGAUAAAAAAUCUGGUGCCUCCAGUAUUCAAGAUAAUCACCAUUCUGCACUCCUUGCAGUGCUUUCUGAGGAGUUGUCUGUUACUCCCGAAGAGAUUCACGACUUUGAGCUACACUUGUACGAUGUACAGCCAGCAUCUUUGGCGGGUCUGAAUAAUGAAUUCAUCUUUGCGUCACGCUUAGACAACCAAUUCUCCUCAUUUGCCGCUGUUGAGGCUAUUGUAGACCAUGCCUCGAUAGAAUCUUUCCCUACCUUUGAGGGCAACGUCAAUUGCAUUGCACUCUUCAAUCACGAAGAGAUCGGCUCUGUAUCCUCAUCCGGCGCGGCGUCCUCUCUCAUCCCCACUCUCCUGGAGCGUCUUUCCCCUACUCCCCAGUCUUGGGCCCGGUCAAUUGCUCGAUCCUUCCUUGUCAGCUCAGACGUCUCGCACGCGAUUCACCCGAACUACAGCUCGAAGCAUGAGGAGAAUCAUGCACCAAGGAUGAACGGCGGUGUCGUCAUCAAAACGAACGAAGGCCAACGCUACGCGACCGACUCUAUCAGCAGCUUCGUCGUCAAAAAACUCGUUGAAAAGACGGGUGGCAAAAUUCAGAAUUUCGAAGUUCGCAAUGACAUGCCCUGUGGCUCUACUGUCGGACCUAUGCUCUCUAAAAUAGGUAUCCGUACUGUCGAUGUUGGCUGCGGCAUCCUAUCGAUGCACUCUAUCCGCGAGCAAGCUGGUGCCCAGGAUGUCCAGAGCCUCAUCGAUCUGUUCUCGUCCUUGUUUGAAGGAUUUGCAGAAUUAGAUCGAGAGUUGACCGUAGACUAAUCUGUGGUAUCCGGCAAGUGUAGAAUAUACAACAUGGCGUGGGCAACGGGUGAGGUGCGUGCGGAAUGCGGAUGUGAGGUGCGCGGCUACCGACGAGCCUUUUUUGCCUUGGGCUCCUCUGAGUCGUCCUGUGUGGCAGAACCUGGGCGCGGAGACGGGCCUGUGAGGAGGCUGCGCUUCUUGGCCGUCCGAGAGUAAUGCGAGAGGACCCAUUCCUUGUCCGCCUCCAUCUGCUCUAUUGUUCCUAGCCGGAUCUCAUAUGGCUUCAUCUCAAAGCGAGGGCCGACUUCGGCCAGCUGAACUUGCUUUGGCGGCAUCUUGACAAAGACAUGAUGCCUGAACGAGAGAAAAUCAUCCUCAUUAGAGAAGGUCAUGACACGCUUACUGUCUUCUUUCGGCACCGGGAACAGGUACCUGAGGACAUCACGUAUUCGCUCUCCCAGUUUCGAAGAGAAGCUCUCGAAGAUGAGGUGGGGAUACUGUUCCGAUACAGUCGACUCCUUGUACGACGCGAUAUCAUGCCGGAGGAUAACGUUAUGAAGUGUAAAGAACACUGUGGGCCCGUGGGGGAAGUGUGAUACAAUCAUGGCGUCUCGGACACCUCGGUGCUCGUGAAGGAUUACGAGGUCAGUGACAUCGUUCGCCCGACAUGCGUCCGCGAGCUCUUUGACGACGUAAUUUCCGCGGUUGAUUCGGUAUGAGUUGGGGAAGACCAGCCGCAUCUCCUUGGCGAACUGCAAGAGUUUAGAGCUCGGGUCUCUUGACGUAGUGACAAUAAUUUUAGGGUCCAUGAUACCCGCUCUUGAGUACUCGUUGUCGAUGUGUGUUGUAGACUCCGCUUGUGCCUCAUCGAACGCAAGGUCCCUUCCUAACUGCUUCGCAUUCCUUCUGAGCUCUGUAGGCAGCGCUUUUCCAGAUGCAAGUGCGUCCUUGAUUUGCUGCUUCCGCUCCCAUGUCUGGCGUUCUUGUGCUUCAAGAGACUUUGCGUAGAUGUAUUGCCUGCGUUCUCG